UGUUUGGUUGACUCUCACUUUUGUAUGUUACUUCUUCAUUCUUCAUUUGUUAUUCAACUUCUCUGUGAUUUCUUAUACCCAAAAUCCUUAUCUUUCGUGGGUGAUCCUCAAGUUUUGUUUUUUGUUCAUCAAAUUCGACAUAGUUUAUAAUAGAACACUAUAACUUACAACACUAUUUAGGUACAUACAGUAGGAGUUAGCUUAGGGGAAGUGAGUCAAGUGCAAAGUCAGGGUUCAUGUGGUGGUAUCAAAUGGAGAAUCAAGAAAAGAUUGGAGAAACGUUUGAGACGUUCAAAUGGACCAUUAAGGACUUCUGUAAGUUGAAAUCCAAGAAGAUUUACUCUCAGAACUUCUACAUUGGUGGUCAUUCAUGGCGGAUUCUUAUGUAUCCAAAGGGAAACAAUGUGGAUUACUUGUCAAUUUAUUUAGAUGCUGGUACUUUGGCUGAUGUAGAGACCAGAUUUUCCAAGUUUAAGUUGGUUCUAAUUAAUCAGGUCAAUGACAAAUUGACACAGAUAAAAGAAACUCAACACACAUUCAAUGCCAGAGAGAGUGACUGGGGCUUCACAUCGUUUAUACCUUUAGCUGACCUUUAUAUUUAUAACAAGGGAUUUAUUGUGAAUGACACUUGUAUAAGUGAAGCUAGGAUUUCCAUUAGCCGCCCAGAACUUGAGAAAAAGGUUGAUGAAGCUGCUCCACCAGUUUCUGUGCAAGUUCCUGCUAAGCCUAUUGAACAUGCUGAUAAUCCUUUACCUAUGGACAUGUCUGCAAUCCCAAUUGAUGAGCUUGUUGAUUUCAGGGGUUUAGGGAAAAUAGAAAAAGCGUUUGUUCCUCUUCUAGAUGAAGUAUGUGCAAAGCAUCCCUCAGUUAUUGGAUGCCAGAAGAAGAGAAGUCGAAGGUUUAGCGAAUGGGCAUUCACGGCUUUGGGAAGAGUUCUGCAUUUCCUCAAGACUAAAAAGGUGAGAGAUAUGGAUGAAGAGGCUUGUAGCCAUCUUCAAAUCUUAUGGGAGGAACUCGAGACGUUUAGAUUCAAUUUAACUUGGCUGGAGCCACAUGUUCAAUCUGCCUUAGGUAUGAAAAAUUACAUGGAAAGAUCCGCUAAGGUGAAAAGUGUGAAGGAGAAUGUGGCUGCUCUGGAGAUGGAAAUGAAGAAGCUGAAGGCAAUGGUUGCUUCCGUAGAAGUUGAUCUUGAAAUGGCAAGAAGAGAAUUGGUGAAAGUUGAAGAAGGCUUUGAAGAGAUAGAUUUGGAUGGUGAAGUAGGAUAUGGACCAUAGACUCACUUAUUUUGCUGUAAUUUCACUUAAUCUAUUCAGAGAUUGUAAGGAACAAAUGAAUCCUUGCGCAAGAAAACAGUCCUAACUAAUUUUAGUUGAGUUGCACAAAGAAGGAAGAUUACCAAUUACAUUAACUAAGAAAUUGCUGUGAUUUUGUGAAUCGUGAUACUUAUUUCUACUGAAGCUAAUAUUAAUCUCCUCUUUUUAG